UUCAGUUAGCGAUGCCCGUCGCACCGUUGCGGUAGCCUCUUCAAGGUGCGUAUGAGAGUGUCAUUCAGGCCAGAUAACUUUUCCUCAAUGGAAUUGAACAGUUUAGGAUCGGGUUGAGAUCGGAGUCAUCAUAUUAAGCGGAAGAUAUGCACGUACCGCGCGGCACUUACCGACUCCGAGAACCGGGAUUACCGUUGUAUUGGCGGCAUAGCGUAGGGGUGAGGUCGCCGCUCGUAGUAGUAUUCAUAGUAAUGGCCUGCCCAGUUAGUUUGUCCGAGAACUACCGCGUGGCUUGGCAGAUGGGUGGCCACCGAGCCAUUGCUAUGCUUGGUUUUCAGUAUGCUUGUCGCAUAUUAAACAAUCUUGUCGAGGAGGAUAUCAGCGAAAGCUCUCCGAAAGAAAACGCGAAAAAACCGAGAGGCUUCAUCAGGCCAUUGCAUCUCCGACAGCAUACAACGUGCCAUACACCGAGAUGCCUGGACUGGUUUGCUCAACCAGAAACGAACAGUUAGGAUGACAAUCAAAUCUGGAUACAUCAUUGAGCGAAAGGACAAGAAGAUCAGGCUGACUUACAACACUGCUGCUAUUGUCCAUGCCCAAGAAGUCUCGCAAUCUUCUGUUGACCGGUCA